GAACUGGAGUUUGUUCAAAUCAUCAUUAUAAUUGUGGUUAUAACUGUUAUGGUGGUAGUGAUCAUCUGCUUGUUGAACCAUUACAAACUCUCGACGCGCUCCUUCAUCAACCGACAGAGCCAAAGCAGGAGACAGGAAGAAACUCUGCAGACGGAAGGGUGCUUGUGGCCUUCAGAAAGCUCGGUUUCACGCCAGGUUGCUUCAGAGAUCAUGUAUGCUCCAAGGUCCAGGGACAGGUUUACCGCCCCAUCCUUUAUGCAGCGAGACCGUUUCAGUCGCUUCCAGCCCACGUACCCUUACAUGCAGCAUGAGAUUGACCUUCCUCCGACCAUCUCCCUCUCUGAUGGGGAAGAGCCGCCGCCGUACCAAGGCCCGUGCACCCUGCAGCUCCGGGACCCAGAGCAGCAGAUGGAGCUCAAUCGGGAAUCUGUCAGGGCACCGCCCAACCGAACCAUUUUUGAUAGCGACUUGAUAGACAUCUCGAUGUACAAUGGGGGCCCCUGCCCACCAAGCAGCAAUUCGGGCAUAAGUGCAACCAACUACAGCAGUAACGGAAGGAUGGAAGGACCGCCCCCGACAUACAGCGAGGUCAUGGGGCGUUACCCAGGCUCCUCUUUUUUCCAUCACCAGCACAGCAACACGCCCCCCUCGCAGAGGGGGAGCAGACUUCAGUUUCAGCAGAACAAUUCGGAGAGCACAAUAGUCCCCAGCAAAGGCCAAGAGCGGAAACCAGGAAACCUGGUGUAAGCUCCUCGCCCAGGUGCACUUGAACUGAAGAUGAGAGAUGCAAGCAGGGUGGUGGAGGAAGACUCCCGUGCUCUGGUGCACAAUGUUGUUACGUUUCACGUGGUACAACUUAGUAAAACCAAACGUGCAAACCA